AUGGCGGUACGAGCUCAGUUCGAGAAUAGCAAUGAGGUUGGUGUGUUUUCGACAUUGACGAAUUCUUAUGCGCUGGUUGCGGUUGGGGCGAGUGAGAAUUUCUACAGCGUUUUCGAGGCCGAGUUGCAGGAUGUAAUUCCUAUUAUUCAUGCGACGAUUGCGGGGACGCGGAUUAUCGGCAGGAUGACGGCUGGAAAUCGUAAGGGUCUGCUGGUACCGACGAGUACGACGGAUCAGGAGUUACAGCAUCUGCGGAAUAGUUUGCCGGACGAGGUCAAGAUACAGAGAAUAGAAGAACGACUUUCAGCACUAGGAAAUGUCAUCGUUUCGAACGACCAUGUCGCACUCGUCCACCCCGAUCUCGAGCGCGAAACGGAGGAGAUAAUCGCAGAUGUACUCGGCGUAGAGGUAUUCAGACAGACAGUCGCGGAUAACGUCCUCGUAGGAUCAUACAUGGCACUAUCCAACCAAGGCGGAAUCGUCCACCCUAAAACCAGCAUCCAAGACCAAGACGAGCUCUCUAGUUUACUACAGGUUCCACUGGUGGCAGGAAGUGUAAACAGAGGUAGCAGUGUCGUAGGUGCGGGCAUGGUUGUGAAUGACUGGCUUGCGGUAACGGGACUGGAUACCACGGCGACGGAGUUGAGUGUUGUGGAGAGCGUGUUUAGACUUGGAGAGGGCCAAGGCCCUGGAGCGAUAAAUAGCAGUCUGAAGGAUACGAUGGUGGAGUCGUUUUAUUGA